CACACACACACACGGUUAGCGUCCAAAUGUACUAGUGGUUCCGCUUGGCUUCUCAAAUCUGCAGACGAUCACUAGUUGCCGAGGAAGACGAGAGGUGGAGAAAUGUAUCCGGCCUCAGCUUCCUCCAUUUUCAUUUCACCUCCAUCAGUCAACUUGCAAAGAAGACCUGCAUUGCCUUCCAUCAAAUCUUUCCCGUCCAAAAAUUCUUCGAAAUCAUUUCCUUUCCAUCACUCUCCUCCGAAAACCCUAAGAUGCUUCUCUCGGAAACAAGCCACGGAAGAAUUCGAAAGGCUCUUCUCGAAUUUGAACCAAGCAACGAUGAAAAGAGAGCCAGGCAGCAUAACCAGCGCCAUCUUUCUGGUGGCUGGAACCACGGUAGGCGCGGGUAUACUAGCAAUCCCUGCGGUUACACAAGAAGCUGGCUUUCUGGCCUCCGCAAUAACAUGCAUCCUUUGUUGGAUUUAUAUGGUGGUGACAGGAUUAUUGAUUGCUGAGGUAAAUCUGAACACAAUGUGCGAGCUUGGCUCUGGAGGUGUAUCACUGAUGAACUUUAUCUCAGUUGCAAUCUGGACUCUUUCAUGUGAAGUUAAUAUGAGAAAUUAUGAAUGGAGGAAGAAUGGGGACUGGUCAUACUUAUUUAUACACUACGCGCUCCUUGUUGCAUAUAUAGCCCGAUCUUCAGAUAUCUUGACAAAUUCCUUUGGCAUUCCUUUAUGGGAGAGUGCUACAUUGUUUUCGUUGAUUUUUGGUGGCAUAUGCUACUACGGAAGUCAGAGGGUACUUGGAGCAAUUAAUGGAGUUUUGGUGUUCGGCAUCGUCAUUUCCUUUACAGCACUCGUGGGAGUGGCAAGUGGAGACCUGCAAUGGAGUUCUCUUCUUCAGGCUAAUUUUGAGGCCGUUCCGCAAAGUGUACCUAUAAUUGCUCUGUCAUUUGUCUACCAGAAUGUAGUUCCAGUUCUUUGCACAAACCUUGAGGGAAACCUAUCAAAAGUCAGGACUGCUAUUGUCUUCGGGACAGCUGUUCCUCUUGCUUUGUUCCUUAUCUGGGAUGCUGUAUUACUUGGUACUCUUCCAAAUUUCGAGAUGAACGCUGAAAAUAUCACCGACCCGCUCGAGCAGCUUCGAUCGAAUAAUGGGAUAGUUGGGCCAAUCGUGGAGGUGUUCUCAUUUCUUGCCAUAGGAACAUCAUAUAUUGGAUUUGUUCUGGGACUCACAGACUUCAUUGCUGACUUGCUGAAGCUACCAGCAGGACAGAACAAGCUUCUGCCAUACUUGCUGACUUUGGUGCCACCUUUCAUCUUAGCAUUGCUUGAUCCAGAAAUAUUUUUCAAAGCCUUGGACCUCGCAGGGACUUAUGGAGUUCUUGUGCUAUUUGGUGUUCUUCCUGGUGCCAUGUCUUGGUCAGAGAGGUACUCCUCUUCUUCAUCUACAUCUCUGGUUCCUCCAUUGGUUCCUGGAGGUAAAGUCACACUCACCAUUGUCAUGGGUGUUGCCUUCAUCAUUAUUUUUUCAGAAUUAAUUGAGAAUUUUGUGCGUCUUUAACAAUAAUGCUGUCAAAUAUUUAUGCAAAACUGUUUGAAAAUAUAUAAACUCCAUUUAAAUGCUUUUGUUUAUAAUCCCUUAGUUUUCUUUACUAGUAGCUUGUUCAAUAAAUGUAUAUGUUAUGAGGGGAACAAUUAUUGUAAGUUGUGA